UGAGUCCCCACAUUGCACUUCUGAGCUGCAGACAUGUAAGACACCGAAGACAGCAGAAUGGUCAGCUCGGACUUGUGUUUUGUUCUGCUUGUGUUGGUGUCCUGUGCUACAGGUGCGCCGUUUGAAGAUGGACACCGACAUUACUUUACCUACUCCUCCAAGUCUCAAGUUCUUGGUCUGCACAACUUGUCCACGAUCAUUAAGUUCCACGUGACUCCCGUGAACCAAUCAGAAGAUAGCAGCAUGAACCUCCUGAUGAUUGACAGCUUCGUACAACAUUCCGACAGAGGAUAUGUGGACAACAACCCUAAACACUGGGACUUGACACGGAACUUCCUGUUCCACGUGGGCGGGGAUGGAGCAGUGACACAGAUCUUCCACCAUCCGGAGGAGGAGGACGAGGUGGUGACCUUGAAGAAACUACUAGCCGGAACUCUCUCCAUGUACAAGAAGCAUUCCCUGAAGACGACGUGGACUUACAGCGACUGGGAGACAGAUCAACACGGGAGGCUACUGCACUCGUAUUCCGCCAAACGGUUACCAACCGGAAGUAUGGUGAGCAGACGACACGAAAGCACGGCCGAAACCCAUAGACAGCACGAAAAGACGAUUGAAUAUGACCGGAAAGGCCGCAUCCAGCAUGUGAAGUGUACGGACACCAUCACCCUCAGAGACGAACCUGCCCCAUCCCAAAGCUCUGAACAAAAGGGGGAAGUCAUCAUAGUUUCACCAGACACUGAAUUCCCUUCCCUGUCUUCUACCGCCAACAGUGUAGUAAAGCUUACAGCUCGCAGGCGAGUGGCUCCAGCAAGUGGAAUACUGAUGUCUGAGUUCAAGGUGGACACACCCCAAGUUAAGCUGCCAGUACCAAAGGAGCAAGCACUGGAGGAAGUAAAGACACAGUUUCACGAUCUGCUGGACUGCAUACAGUCAUACGAUGACAAAUUCGCAGCUAACAGGACUGUGUGCGUCCAAGACCUCAUGCGUCUCUUCAGCAACCUGACUCAGACGGACAGAGUCGCCCUCGGCCACCAGUACCUUGCCAAGUGUACCACUAACGACACUGUGUGUAGAGAUGAGAGGUACCUGUUCUUGGACAUCCUGUGCCGGAGAGGUGACGAGGACUCGCAGAAUCUGGUGUUGCAGUAUGUCCUGAACGACAGGAACGCCACAGAGGAAGACCUCAGACGCCCUCUGUUCCACUACGUCGCUCUCAAGGAACCAAUCCCGGAAACAAUCAAAUCUGUUGAACAACUAUGCUUUGUUGGCAACUAUGAGCACAUUCCGACACUUGAAAUGACCUUGACCCAGAAGCGAGCCUGUCUGACAUUGGGGGCUCUCGCCAGAUCCCUGGCUGACAUAGGUAACAGCGCAGCUGCAGAGGAUGUCCUGAACAAGCUUGAGAACAAAUUGGGUUUUUACAAUAACACUCUCUCCUCCCCUAUACUGGAGCGCAAGAAGCGAUCAAUCCACGACUUUGACCAUGAGCAACAUCACCAUAUCGUGUCCAAAAUGGUUCUUCUACACAGUCUUGGGAAUGCCGGAAUGCCAAGAUCUUUACGUCAUAUCCGGUCCUAUCUUCAACCCAACGUGGGGUCCUCAACAUGGCGGAGGGCAGCAGCCAAUAGUCUCCGCCAGUACACAUGUAAUGAGAGUGCACUGGCGCUGUUUGAUGUCCUCGCCCACGAAGAGAAUGAGAAGGUCCACAAGGAGGCGAGAGAAGUGUACCUGAAACAUCCACAGCGACAGGGCUUGAUCCGAGACAAGGAGAACCUUCUUCUGAGUCGCGACUACACGUUCCACUCCUUGUCCCGUGUUCGCCGCGAGAUCUUCCACAUCGACUUCAGCGACGGUAUUCGUCUCACCAUUAAAGUGCCUGGCUUCCAGUAUGACAAGACCUUUGGGACCAACAAAAUAGGCGCAAGUCUUGGCCUUCGCAUGAUCAACAUGCUGGACCUAAAGCUCCAUCCACUGCACAGUUUCUUCAAGAUAGACGUGGACAAUGCAGCGUGGGUGACAGCGAACAUCGGCAUUAUUGGCAAACACGUGGACAUCAUCAGGGCGUCGCUCUGUUAUGCUGGACACAUUAACUACGACCUCAACAUCUUAAAGGAUUACGACAUCAACCACUUCAAGGACCUCCUUCAGAAGCUGGACGACAUAUUCCACUCUAUAGUAGAUGGCAUCAAGGACGCAAUCGACAUGUUCAAGAAGAUCACUCGGCCAGGCUAUAUUAAAGACAUGCUUACGGAGAUCAUCAACUUCGUGAAGGGUCUUCCAGACCUGGUUGUCCAGUUUGUGGACGACUUUGUGAUCCUUGUGAAGAAGGUGAUCAGAUACCAUACUGAUCCCAUCAUGGAAAGGGUGAAACAGAUCGCGCAGAGGGUCAAGGCUUUUGCUGAAGAGAUCAAACAAGACGCACUGGAGUUCUACCACAGUAUAGCUGACGCCGUGGUGAUAACGCUGCCCGAAGUGGGCAAGAUGCUGAAAGAAACUGGUGAUGACAUCAUUGCAGUUUUCAAGGACUUCUUCAAAAGUCCAGCACAAUCCUUCUCCAAACUUGGCAUAGGUGUUAUGAGGGUUCGUCUUGCUGUGACCAUGGUGAUAGAUGCCAAGAAUAGGAUAGUCGAUGCCUGUGCAUUCAUGAAAGGAACAAGUCCAUUCUGGAUGCAUGUCGAUGAAGAGGUCACUGGAAUAACAGAUGACAUCAAAGACUUGGUUGACAUGGUGGAGGACAAGGUGAACAUGACAAUUCACCCCAAGCUGUCAGGACCCGAUGGCAUUAUGGGGCCUUACUCGAUGAAGGUAUGGUUUCACAACGAAUCGCAUGUGCUGCUAUCCAGCGUCACAGAGAGGCUAUCCAAAGUGCGGACCAUGGCAGAUCCGUUCUUCAAGGCGUACGCGGACGUCAUGACUGUCGUCAAGGGAGUGAAGGAAGCAUACGAAACCGUGAAACAAGUGACCAGCGUAGGAAAGUCAUUGGUUCAGAAGAUAUUUGGAAGCAAGUUCCACCGCAAGUUUCCAGCUGAGAGAGACUCCGGAUCCUGUACAGAGGCUGUGUGGCCAUCCACAGGCGGAAACAAGUAUCACACUAUCGGCGUUGAUGUCAGUGCUAGAAGAGGACUGGCUAUCGUUAACCCUGUAGCAGGCCUUGUCAAUGCAACAGGACGUGAUGAAAUCACUAUAACACCGACAGAUGACAACUUCAUUGAAUACCAGAUCGUCAUCAACAACGUCGUUCCAAGCAACUACAUCAAAGAUUCAAGUGUCGUCAUGGACGCCGGGGAGAUCAUCGGCACUGCUGGAGAUACCAGAUGCGUUCCCAACUUCAUUCACGUAGCUCUUCGUGUCACAGAAACCGGAGAAUACGCUGAUCCAUCUAAGUACCUCGACAGACUUCUACCCAUACCACACUGGGAACAAGAAUGUAACGAACACAUAUUUAAGUACGUAGGCAAGACGUAUGAAGCCGACGGGAUUACACAUGAACCGCCCAAAGAAACGGAGGACCCGUACAUGGGUGCACAUUUCACCAAGAUGACUGCUGCAGCUAAUGUCCAACCCGACACAACCCCUCCUUUCAAACCUGCUGGAGUGGAUCACCCAAAUGCCAGGGCUCUCGCACCCUCCUUCUCCAAGCUCGUGUCGCCACUGAAGAACUUUGGUCUUAUGUUGAAGGCAAUCAAGAUACCCAGUAUUGAGUCUGUCUUCAACAUCAACACAAUGUCGGUCUCCAAGCUGAAAGAUAUAUUGAAGGCUAGGUCAGACAUUGUUAAGGGUAUCGACGAAUUCGUGUCCGAUGUCGCCCAAUGUCUUAAAUCCAAACCCGUCGAGGAACCGAUGUCCUUCUCAACAUUCAAGAUGCAUAUGCUUCUGUCCCUGAACAAAAUACCUGUAGUUGGAGACAAGAUUGAAAUGUUGGAAUCUCUGAUAACCAACGGCAUGGAUGAUUGUCCAAACUUGAAGGCGGGCAUGUCCUUUGCCUUCGGGCACCUGUGUACCCCAGACCCCGACUGCCACGGCAUGACAUGUGGCGUGAUGUUCCCAUACUCUCACUACGUGAAGUCUGUCAAGGUGCACAUCAGAACAUGUGGCUCUACCUUAAACCUGACAGCCCCUGGGAUGAAGCACGUCCAGGAUACCCAUGGUGGCGUUGAGAUCCACGUGCCUCUGCUUGACGACGUUGUGGAAGGGAUGCACAUUGUUUUCCAACUGAGUACAGUUCAAGAUGGGAAGGACCUGAUCGCGAACCUCACGGGCAGUCUCUGCUCAACAGAGUUUGGUUCCUGUUUGCCUGCUGUCGGCAUCAUAAGAGGCGCAAAGUUCCGCAACCCCAUGUGCACUGCAGUCAAACUAAAUACCAGCCUGGAGUUCCAAAUCGAGUCCAUGCCAAUCCGAAUGUGGAUGUCAAAGAUGUCGCAGUGUCAUCUGGAUAUUCCCAAAGCAGUUGGACUGCUGAACGAUAUCAGAGGAGGCAUCCUUCACGAGCUAUUUGACACAAAGAAGACGGUGAUGGAAGUACUGCAGCAGGAGUUCAAGGCCAAGAAAGACAGCUGUACUCAUAAAGUUAUUCCAGUGAAAUCUAUCGAUAUGACCUUCUUUGCUAUACGCUACCGAUUUAUGGUUGGGCCAAUUCCAAUGAACUUAGGAUUUGGAGCUGGUGGCUCAGUUGGAGUUGAGAUUGCACUUGGUGCUUGUUUCAUGAGCAUGAGCCUUGAGGCCACGGUUACACCCAGUGCUUCCCUGAAUGUAUGGGGCAGUCUUGGGGUGGACAUAGGAUUCGCUUAUGGAGGAAUUAAACUGACAGGGUACAUCAUGCAAACCAAGUUUCCAGUGACCGGCGGCCUAAGAUUUUCGAAGUUCCCCUUGGAUGUGACCGCAAAGAUGGACAUGGAGAUGGUGCCACUCACACUGGUACUGUCGGCAUAUGCAAAAGUCAGACUGAUUUUUAAAACUGUGACAGUAUAUAGAGGGAAUAUAUGGCACUAUUCAACGCCAACAAUAAGGAGGAAUAUUUUCACACAUCCGUACAAAGGCACUGACUCUUCACCACCAACGUUUUCCAAGAAUGCUGUUGGAACCAGGAACAGGAGAUCCACUGGUUCUGGAGGAUGCGAGGUGAGGCAGCUGAAAGGACGGUCUCCAUCUGACACAGCAUUUCUUCUGAAAGUUACGACCUAUGACGACGUGAGCGAUGUCAAGGUGGAUUAUGCCAUAGGAACAUACUCGGGUGGAACCAAUGUUGUUGAGUGGACUGAAAUGUCCGGAAACACACUUACAAUGCCUGCAAAACUCACAUACGGCAUUCCUCUUUAUUGGACAGUAAGGGCAAGGAAUAGUGAGGGUGGCGAGGCUUUGACACAGUGCAUGCUGCACACAUACGAUGACAGUCCUCCAGAUGGUAGAGUUGAUGAAGAUUUCAGGAUAUCAAGUAAUCCAUUUGAACUUGGAGGCACGGUUGUAGUGCUGGAUGACAGCAUAGUCGAUCCUCAACAGGAAAUAGCUCUUGGAUUCGGCCCUGGAGCGCAGGGUUAUGAGGUCAUAUCCUGGGAGCCAGUGUCUCUAGAGAGAACAACCAUGAGAUCAGGGGAACCAACGGAUCUGAAGUAUUUCUCUCUGCCAAAUACUGGAAGUUUGACUGCUAAACCAAUGAAGAGCCUCACGACACGAUUUGACUAUGAGUGUGCGAAACAGUGCAUUGCUUUUGGCCAGAAUUGUGUUUCAUUUGACUUUGAAUACAAUUUGCAAACCUGUGAUCUUCAUUCUGUUAGUGAAGGCCCCAGUGCAGCACUCCGGCUAAAUGGCAAUUACAAGUCCUUUGAGAGACUCGGCGUAGGUCAGAAUCAUUACAAGAUCUUCAAAAACCUUAACCUUACACACAAGGAGACAUAUUUCAUGAACACCCAUGUUACCAAUGAACUUGGGUAUGAGAGCCACCUGUCCUCGCACGGAACAUUAAUAGAUCUGACGCCUCCAAGUCCUGGACCAGUCGGGAACUUCACGAAGGAUGAAUUCACGUUUGAUAGCUGCUCGGCAUCUAUCCUCCAGCGCUGUAAGGAUAUCUCGAAACUUCCUAACCACAGGAAAAUAAUCGAUGGAGCUGAUGGCGAGACUGUCUUCAAUGGCCACAAACGUCUGUUUGAUGAAAAGUACACCCUCUCUAAUAAUCUCAUUGGAGGAAACUGGGAUGGCUUUCAUGACAACGAGACUGGCAUCUAUGGUUACACUUGGGCAGCCGGUACAUCUGUGUGUGCAAACAACGUGGUUGACUACAACGACCCUCAUGCUAAAAUACCCAACAGAAAUGAGUGGACCUACAGCGGGUUGACCUCAGACCUUCACCUCUCAGAUGGGCCUCAUUACAUCACAGUUCAAGCUGUCAACAACAUCAUACAUGGAGGUGCCCUUGUCACAACAGUGUGCCACUCAACACCCCUCAUUGUAGACACGACGCCCCCUAUCUUCAAUGGCAUAGAUGACGUCUUCUUUGAUGGCGAUUUUGAGCUCCUGGGACUGUACUUCAAUGGAUCUGAUCCUCUCUCUAAAAUUGCCCACGUCCACGUUGGCCUUGGGUUAACCCAAAAUGAUGUCACCUUGCGCCCCUAUGAAGAAUAUAAAAGCUAUACUAACCCGAAACAAUAUGUGCUGGUGGAUGAUUUUGUCCUGAAACCCGGAGUUGCUGCCUGGCCAAGAAUCCGACUUACCAACAACGUGGGUCUUUCAACAAGUGGCCAUGCCAACGAACCCAUUGUCAUUGACAACACGCCUCCAGUAGCUGGCCUAAUCAGCGAUGGGGCAAUUGUAGGCACAGAUAUGGACUACCAGGCACAGGCUAAUACCAUUUGCGCACAGUGGAAAGAUUUCUUCGACCCGGAGUCGGGCAUUAAGACGUACAUGUGGGGCGUUGGCACCAAACCUGGCAGAGACGACGUUGUCAAGUUCAAAGAUGAGGACCGGAUAAUCCAUGAUGAUUGCGCCAAAGUUUCCCUGACUCACAACACGACCUAUUACUCAUCCAUCAUCGCAUUUAAUGGAGCCUUGAACAUGAUGAGAGUCAACACUACUUCUAAUGGAGUCCUGGUGGACCUCACGGACCCAGUAAAGGGAUGGAUCAAAGAUGGGGACAAUGAAACACUUGAUGUCACUUACACCUCAGAACCAGCGCUGAUUCAGGCAGUUUGGGGAGGUUUCUCUGAUCCUGAGAGUGGGAUUGUCAAGUAUGAAGUGGACAUAUAUAUCAACAAUCAGCACAGGAAAAUUAACACAAUCGUACCAAGACAGGAUGAACAGUUACACUACAUGAACGAGAAAACACUGGAACUGAAGCAAGGUGAUAACGUGUACACAAAUGUCAGAGGCUUCAAUGGAGCGGGAAAGAGUGUGGAAGUCUCAACCAAUGGCUUCACAGUGGAUCUGACACCACCAGUAGCUUACUUUGUCCACGACAGUGAUGGGCAAGGAGGGUACCAGUUGGAUAAGACAGGACUUCAUCUGUCAUGGAAGUUUGAAGACACUGAAUCUGGUAUCGAGAAGUAUAUGAUUUCAGUGUCUCAGGAGGUAAAUGGCAUGAAGAAGACAAUAUGGCCCUCGCCAUAUGACCCUCAGGAGGCAAAGGACUUUCCCCCAACACAGACGUCGUACCAUGUACCUCUUGCUCUUCACGAUGGUACACGCUACAUUGCCAGGGUUAUAGCGGUCAAUAAUGCCGGAUUGUCCAAGACAGUUGAUUCACCUGGCAUUCUCAUCGACUCAACUCCGCCAAAAAUACAACAGAUUCACCUUGGACCAAUGAAAGAAGAUGAGGAAAUUGAAAAUCAAGCACUUAUCCACACUGACAAUUCCAAAAUGACCAUCUCUUGGAGAGCAAUUGAUCCUGAAAGUGGCAUCAGUGAAGCGUAUGUUGCUCUGGGUACCUCCGAACAUGACCAAUCCAUAACCAAAGGGUUCCUCACUUUCAAACAUACAAGUGAAGUCACACUGAAACAUCUGAACCUUGUUGAUUUUAAGACCAGUGGAAAAUAUUACUACUUCCAGAUCAAAGUAAAGAAUGGUGCAGGCAUGGAAUCACCCGUUAGUGUUUCCAUGCGUAUAAAUGUCCUACCUGGAAAUGUCCCUGGUAUUAUCUAUGAUGGGAGGAAACGUUUCAUUGAUGCAGAUUUCCUCCAUGAUAAAUCAACCUUUGCAAUGUCUUUUGCUGGCUUCCAAAGUAUUGCUUUUGGUAUUGUGGCCUAUGAGUGGGGUAUUGGGACUGAGCCUUUUGUCACAGACAUUGUGCCUUUCACGAGCUUUGGGAUUGUCAAGACAAAUGAAUCAUCAGGCUUUGGACAAAUCGACAUCCAGCUGUUUGAAGGUGUAAAGUAUUUCACGACAGUCAGAGCAAGAACUGGACAUGGUGGUCAUGAAGAACACAUUGUGGCAACAUCUGAUGGCAUCCUCGUGGACACACAGGGACCUACAAUCAAGGCAUCCAACACAAAAGGCCACACAAUCCCAGAUGUGAAGUCCUGGGGUCUUGUGUUCCAGAAUGAAACCGACAUAGUGGAAGUAACGCCUGAUAUCACUGACCCCUCUGGAGUCAAUGCGAGCCAUGUAUGCUUGGGUUCCUACCCAUAUGAGAACGACAUCCACAAAUGUAGUCCUCAGAACGAAAAGAGCGUCAAGGGACUAUCUCUGAAGCCAGGAUCAUCAGUCUUCAUAACCAUCCAGGCAACGGACAAUGCUGAGAAUAGUGCCACAUGGGAAUCUAUUGCCUUGAUUCCUGAUUCAACUCCCCCCGAACUGGUCAACUUCACAUGUACAAAGGAAAUAUCCAGCAUGAGAUCUGGAAUAGAAUGUGUUUGGGAUGAAGCAAGGGAGCAUGAGAGUCAUAUACAGUCUAUCCGUAUGUGCAUUGGUGUGGCUGAUAAUCCAUGUUCACUGUCUCCUUUUGAAAACGUAACACUCCAAAUGAGGUCAUGGAAAACGGAUAUCUUCAGAGUCAUCAAAGGAAUUCAUGGUGAUAAGAUUUUUGUCACAGCUCACCUUGAAAAUGUCAUGAAGAGGAAGACCGUAUUGACCAGAGAGGUCUUCAUUGACACUACAAUUCCUACAGCCGGUAAUGUCUUGAUUGUUACUGACGACAGGCUACACGCAACCAGGACAAGUAAGCAGUGUCAAGUUCCACAGUCUUUUGUUGAGGUCAUCAUUGCGGGAUUUAAAGAUGCGGACACUGGCAUUGGCAGAUGUGAAGUUGGUCUUGGUCGGCAGCCAGGGUCAACAGAUAUUCAUGGAAUGGUGGAAGCUGAGCAAGAUAAAAUUAUUUUAUUUGGAGGGCUGUCUCUUCAACCUGAAGAUAAAGUUUUUGCAACUGCAAAGUGUUCUGAUAUGGCUGGUCUCUCUGCAUCUGCAACAUCUCAAGCAGUAGUUGUUAGUCCAUCGCCUCACCUGUCAGUUACUGAUGGACCUGAAGAAAAAGACGCCGAAUUCCAGACAGGCCUCACAACGAUAGAAGGACAUUGGCAUUACACUAGUGGUUGUCCUGUUAUUAAGGCAGAGUGGAAGAUUCUGACAGUCAGCUGGGCCGUAUUCCAAGACUUCAUACCAACCUCAAAAUCUCAUGGCACCUUCUACAAUGAUGAACUCAAGCUCACAGCAGGAUUUACCUACAUCAACGUGAUUCGUGUAACGGAUGCCAUAGGAAGAAUUCACGUCGCAUACUCUAAUGGUGUUACUGUUCGCAUACAACCACCACACCCAGGGGCUGUCAGGGAUGGGACUGGGAAAGAUAUAGACUACCAGACCUCUACAGCUGAACUAUCAGCUAACUGGGAUGCUUUCGGUAAAUCAAACAGUAAAGAUGCCAGUCAGCAGAUCGAUCGCUAUGAAGUUGCAAUAGGUGAUGAUGUCAAGAACCCAGCUUCACGGUACAAUGUCCAUUUCUAUGAAACCGCUCACCUGAAUACCUCGUACACAUUCAGACAUCUUAAACUGACAGCGAAAUUGAUAACGUAUUAUGUUACAGUACGUGCAUACAGCAAGGCUGGGAGUUUUGAAGAAGCAUACUCUGAUGGUAUUAAAGUUGGAUUUGAUUUGGACAUAUCUCCUGGGAGCAUUGACUUAAGCAAGUACAGUGAUAGUCGUGAGGAUCUGAAGGUGUCAUGGAGUGGUUUCUACUCCGAUAUUGGACUCACAGAAUACACUGUUGGAAUCAGCAAGGACAAUAUUACUCUCUCGGGUAAUACUACUAACUGUAAGUCACUGAUGACAGCUAUUCCCUCCUACAAUGCAUCCUUCAGAUCUGCGGGACUAGACACUGUAGUGCAUAUGCACAACCUUACACUCCAACAGGGUCAGUCCUAUUAUGUGACAGUGAUUGCCCAUGACAAGGUUGACUCUUGCAUUGGGGUUUCUCAAGGUCCUAUUACCAUUGACACAACUCCGCCUACACAAGGUCAUAUAUCUGUACAAGGAGGUCAGAGUACAAGGGUUGUGUACAUCAGCAGCAGAGACGUGGUGACUUUACACUGGGAUGGCUUUACGGACAGUGAGAGUGGUAUUCAAAGAUACCACUUACAACUGUACUCGGAACAACCUUGCUUGCACCAACAGAAGAAACUUAUCAAACAAAUGGAUGUUUACAAUAUCACACACACCACUCUCUACCGUUUGGAUCUCACUGUUACUCUGAUGUAUACGUUUACAAUAACUGCCAUCAACGGAGCUGGUCUGAAUACGACAGCUGCAACAGUACCUGUCCUCAUUGAUGUCUCAAGGCCACAAGCAGGGACUGUGAAGGUUGGUAGGGACUGGUACACAUCAAGGACCUUCCAAAGUCAACCUGACAAGGUGGUUGUGCAAACAGCACUUGCAAGAGACAAGAGAGCUUCAGAAUGCAAACGGAGUAAGGAAAUAUUCCCUAAAUCUUUAGGCAAAGAACACUGGAAAACCCUUGCCAGGUCGGACAUAUCUCCCUCUUCUGCUCUUAUUGAUGGGUUUGCAAGAGUUGCCCUCACGUAUGAUAAGGGUUUAGAAAAUAUCAUACGUGGUGGUGUGUUCCUUAACGUUGAGGACUCUCUAUCGGAAGGAAACUAUACAUUCAUGUUAUUAAGUGCCAAGGGACAGAACAUCAUCACAUCCUUACAUAUGGAUUUUUCUGACAUUGCAACGUAUCAAACCCCAGUCCUGAAGGAAAUACCAAGACUUGAUGACAACGAUGUACCUGAAGACACCAAUGCAACUUCCAAUGAAACUGAUGAAGUAACUCAGUGUCUAUCAUCACCAGGAGUCGCAGUCUUCUUCUAUGGUUAUGAUGAUGGUACUCAUGCUUGGAAAGGACGUAUCUGUUUAAAGGAUGACAAUAAGGAAACAGAAUCCUGGUUUGACUUACCGGAAGAUCCGUCAGACUACGUUUAUGAAAUCUGCCUCGGAUUCAAGAAGAAUUUAGACAAUGUCAAAACCACAUGGAGGACCACUCUUUUCUUUGAAGGUCAUCGCAAAGCAGAUAUUGAGGGUUACACAUUUUCUGGAAAACCAAGUAUCAUCUACCGUGUACACAAUCUCAAUGAUUACAAGCCUCCUGUACGAGAUCCCCUUCAUCCAUUCUUCGCUCAGGCACUGUUAAGCUAUGUUUCAGUACCUGAUACAACUGAUAAAGAAUGUUUACAUGGCAAACCAUUCUUUGAUGGCGAGAGCGGAAUAAAGGAAAUAUGGAUGGGAGUUGGAUCAAAUGAAUCUUCUGUGGACAAUGUGGUCCCAUUUAAGCUGAAAUCAACAUUUUGUCUUCCUUGUAAUGAUGUAUGUAAAGAAGUGUGUGAUCCCAACUGCACUGUUUCAAAUCUUGACACACUGGAUGUUUUGUCACUUGAACUAAACCAUAUAGCCCUGGAACAUAGUGAAAAACUACCUGAGAAUAAUAACUCCGACGCCUCGAAACUGAUGGAGUAUAAAGCUCCAACAUACUAUAUCAGCGUGAAGGCUGUGAACUUUGCAGAUGAGUCAACAGUUGCGAUUUCAAAUGCUUUCCAAGUUGACAUCACUCCGCCCAAAUUUGAAUACAUGAUGUGUGUUGAUCCUCGACAUUCUCUGGACGAACCGACUACCUUCAUAGGCUCCAAUAACAGCGUUGGGGCAUUCUGGGAAUGCAAUGAAGAUGUCAGUGAGAUAGCUGAAUACACAGUGCAGAUCGGCAGAAAGGAAGGCGGAAACGAUAUUCUGAAUGCGACAUCGGUUGGAUUAAAGAGAAAGGUUGGUUUGACACUGGAGCAUGCGAUCCUGGAUGAUGGCAAAACUUACUACGUCACCGUGACAGCUAUAAAUUCAGCAGGAUCAUCAGCCAAGACGACAUGCAAUGUGACGGUCAUGGUGGGGGCACCUGCUGUUUCUAGCGCCUACACACAGAGUCUCUUUACCUCAGGUUUAACAAAGCAUGGCGUGGCACUGACAUCGUCGCAGCACAAAAUCGGUCUUGAUGUACAUGCUGGACAUGGCACCGUUUACUAUGAAUGGACUAUUGGCACUGAACCUGCAACUGAUGACGUCUUCCCCAUCAUCAAGGUGGCAACAAGAUCAGAAUCCAAAAUUGCUAUCACAGAAGGACAGUUGAUGGUCGAUGGACGAAUCACAAACAUCUCACUGAGUGAUUACAAUACUAACGGCACAGACAAAAAUACCCCCAAAGCAGACGGGUCCUUCCUGAUGCUGGAGCCAGGAAGAUGCUACUACCACAGUCUUCAUGGUGUGGGGCGUUCCCAUGUUUCUGUUCCUGUUUUCACACAACCAGUCUGCAUUAAACGAAAUGGUGACACUCUGGUGGAAUUUGAAGAACACUACAAUGUCGAGAAAACACAUGUGAUAAAUGCUGAACCAACACUGGGCAAUCGCAACAGGUCUCUGUCGCUGUCCGUGAAAGGCUACAAUGGAAGUCUCCUGAUUGGGACCUUAAACACAACCGACCUCUCCCAGAUCUAUGGAAGUGCAGCUUCAGCUGAAUAUGUCCCUUACCUUCAUGAUCCGGAGGAGUCUUUGCAGUCUACGACAAGGCUAUUAUAUGGGAGGCUAAUAAAACCAGUUGGACUGUCAUUCUACAUCUCGCCAGCCAAAGAAGCAUUGGUGGAACCAGUGUUGAACAUCAGUGCUCAUGGAUUUACACCUACAAAUGACAACAGUUCCAUUUCACUGUUGGCGUGGAAUAAAGAUAUACAGCAAUGGGAUUUCACCGACACCUGUUCAAAGAUUUCCCCCACGGACAUCACGAAUGGAAAGCUCUGCCUUUCUGGUCAAAACCAAGUCAUACAAGGAACAGAAUUUAUCAGGAUUACUGAACCUCUGCUGCUGAGUCUGUUUGAAGUGGACAAACAUAUUCACAACACACCACCAGUCGUCACGACGAAGACCGUAACGGCCAUCGAAAACAAACAGCUUACAGAACACAUUGAUGUCCAAGACAAAGAAGAUGAUAUUAUAUCCUUUUCCAUCAAGGCGCAAAGAAAACAUGGCAAUGCUUCCGUUACUACUGAUGGCUACCUUAUCUAUAGUCCAGAGCAGAACUAUUGUGGAAAUGACUCCGUUACAAUUGAAGCGAAAGAACAGAAAGUUCCAAUGCCAUACAGCGUUCUCCAGGAUAUUCAGAUCCAGGUCACCUGCCGUGACGACCCUCCAGAACUAACCUUCAUCACUGCUAAUAAUAAAAUCUACGAUGCAGAUGUAGAAACUAUCUACAUUGAAGCCAAAUCGUCCGCAAAAACAGUCACCAGGCCUCUCCUUGGUACCUUUGUUGUGACUGAUCGUGAUGUGGACAAACUUCGUCUUGUAUAUGAUACAGAGGCAGCAAAGGUGCUGCACAUGCAGCUGGUUGAACUGAGCAAGCCCAGUGACCAUAAGGCGAUGACUGAAUUAAAGUAUAAUGUGUCGCUCGUGAAUUCGCCAAAUGCACGGCACAAAAGCACCAUGAACUUCCGAGCUACAAACAACGUGACCUACAGCAACAUGAUAUCCUUAAACAUAUCUGUCGUGAACUCGACAUGUCAAGGCUCAGCAUGCACUAUAAUCAAGACGCAUACUAUAAAAGAUGCUCAUACUGUAGAAUUCGUAGAACACCAUGACCAUGACAAGAUGUUUGCUCCUCCUGCACAGCUGUUCAGGAAUGAUUUCCUUGGCAAAGGAUCUAUCACGACUACAGGCUUGGAAGGGAGGGACAUAUCUCUGAGCAGAGAGGGGAUCUUCUCGCUCACUUUAGAUACUGUUGACGCCACAGAGGAGCACAUGAUCUUGACACCAACAGGGAAGUUACAGUUAACUGCAAGCGAACCAGUGACUCCUUUCGAACAGGAGAAAAUACUAUCUGACAGACAAUACAGAGGAAGAUUGGUAGAACAACUCGGCCAAUCUGUGUCCAUCAGCGUCAAGCCGCAAGACCUCAAAGCAAUGCAUGUUGACAUAAAAGUGAAAUCAAAUCACGACAGCAACACCAGCAUCAAAGUGUUCUUUAAUGACAGCCAUGGUGUAUGGCACGAGUUACCGGACAUUUGUAACAAACCUAAGACAGUGCUGCUGAGAGAGGACCAGCACAUUGUGCCUAUAUGUCCAGACCUGUUCGGGAAAAUGAAUCUGACCCAAAGCGGAAGCGGUGUCCUGUCGGCAAAACUGGUUUUGCUUGCCAUGAAAAACAAUCUAGUGAACACUCCACCGUUUUUGGAGGACAAUGUGAUGUACAUUCAGGAAGGGCAGAAGCUUCAUCAUCAGAUCAAGGCAAAAGAUGCGGAAGGAGAUGUAUUUACAUUCCACCUGGUAAACACCAACGGUACACACGGCACUGCUCACCUACUUGCCACAGGCGUCCUGGACUACACACCAAGGUCUCACUUUAGUGGUGCUGAUCACAUUGAGGUUGAGCUUGUGGAAGCCACUGUGAAAGGGUUCAAGCCGAAUUCUCAGAGAUACACGCUCACCAUCAUCGUCACUGCAGUGAACGGACCACCAAUCUUGUACUACGUUCCCCCAGACAGUGAUAUGUUCCGAGUAGACAACAAUGACAACGUGGAGCUCGACAUCACAAGACCAAUGCCCUACCAGACAGCAGUUGUUGAUCUCGGCUACGUUGUCGCAGCAUCCUGGACCAACGUAGACGAUAUCGGAUUCGAGCUGACGCCCCUGAACACAACGCUUCAUUUCUUUGAAGUCAAACCAGCAGCGUUACCAGACUCGACAUGGAAAACCCAAUUCUCUGAAAUCAGGGAAAUUCCUCAGAAGAAGGUCUCCAAAAUUACCAUGCACUUCCUGUCAGAGUUCAAGGGGACCCUCAUGUACAGGGUCAAGGUCACGGGCAAGGCUGCAGAAGGUGUACAAGUUGUCCUGAAUGCCAGGGUUUCCUACAAGUUCUGUCAGCCCGACACGGUCUGCGCUGAUCAUGUCAGCGCCACAAAACUUCCUGCCCUCCACGACGAACACCAUGCUUAAAAUCCAUAUUCGGUUGCUUUAGUUUAGCGUUGAUUCUAAAAGUUUGAGUGUAAUUAUUGGGGAAAUUUAUGCGAUGCCUGAAGAAAUAUUAGUGUGCAGGUUGAUAUUGAUCAUUCCAAUGAAUAAACCGGCAGGAACCUGCAUGUGCAAACGUGCAACAGUUUUACCAUAUGUAAUGAUGAGUGAUAAGUAUUCAAAUAUAUCAAGUAGCAUAGUUCUUAUGUACAGAUGAUGUCUCAAUAAAUGUAAAUGUUCAUUGAUAUACAGAAUAUAUUAUCAAGUAAAUAAACAGUGCGAAUAAAAGCUUUGUCUGCAUGUAAAA